ACUUACGAGCGCUUAAAUUUUUACGAACUUUUCGUUCCGCAGUUGCUGUGAUUUUUUUGUAAAUCCCCGGAAAUGGAGCAGCAUUCUGAGCCGGAAACGACAAUGAAAAGUCCUGAAUCAGACAUUCUUCAUCCCGACGAUGCCCAGUACAUUUGGAUGCCCAUUUCGGUGCUUGUUGGCAUUUUCAUUCUGGCAGCUUUGGUAUAUGCCAUGUCACGUAGCCGGUGCCGGAUUUCUUGGGAUUGUAUAAGACGCAGAAAGGUCCCGAGAUCGGGAUACAUCAAUGUCGACGAAGAGGAUUCCGAUGUGUCCAUGGCCUGCGGAGAUGAACUGGGGGAUCACCGCACUGCAGCCAGCUUGCUUACCGGUCGCCUGCAUAUUCAGGAUGGACCAAAUAAUGCUUCCAACGCCUAACCAAUCUCAAAAGACUUUUAUGUACAUACAUACAUAUAAACUUUAUUGUCCACGUUGUCUCCAAA